GAGAGCUGAUGUACCUCUGUAGAUUCAAUGUUGGAUUAAAAUGAAGAUAAGGGUCUAUUUACAUCUGACGGUUGGAACUAUGAUGAGGAAUACUCCUUCACAAGCUGAAUUCUACUUCCUGUUUUCACGUGUAAUGAGCAUUGUUGCACUUCCCUUAGUUGGUAGUCUUGUCGCGUUUCGCUUCUGUGUUUUGGUUAUGUCCCUACGUCAACACACGAUAUUGUAUAACGGUCAUUCAAUAUAUUUGUAAUCUUCAGAUCAUUUUCUCUGAUCUAUGCUUUUAAAUCCCACUAGCAAGUUACUCAUUGUCUAAUUGUUACUUGCACUUUCCAAAAAAAAAUCCACAUCUCAAGAUGGCUUUUGUAUUAAACGCGGUUGUACUUGGGAUGUUAGCUUAUUGUGUACGAUGGGCAAUCAGCCGCAUCCAAGAGAAUAAGAAAACACAAGCUAUUAUAAAAAAUCUUGGUUGCCUUUCGCCUCCAUUGCUCGAGAACCAGAGACCUCUCGGAAUCGAUCGUCUAGAGCAGAUAUUUCGAGCCGAUAAUGAAUCAAGACUUAUGGAGCUGUUUCUCUUCCAUUUUAGACAAACUGGAUACACUCUAAAGCAAAUUUUCUUGUUAACUCCGGCCUAUGGUACCGUGGAUCCCGCCAAUUUGGAAGCUAUCAUGUCAACAAAAUUCUCGGAUUGGGGGAUGGGGCCGCGGCGUGCUAUCUCCUUCCCAAUGUUUGGCGAGGGGAUAUUCAUCCAGGACGGCGAAGCUUGGAAACAUUCAAGAGAAUUGCUUCGGCCACAUUUUGUCCAUAGACAAUACGAAGAUCUGGAAGUUUUCAGAGAAUCUGUUGAUGAAUUACUUGAUGCUCUCCCUAAAGAAGGAGGGGUCGUCGAUUUACAACCAUUGUUCUUUCGUCUCACACUCGACACCACCACUGCAUUUUUGUUCGGACAAUCUGUUCACAGUCUCAAAUCACCAGAUUCCACAAACGAACAAGAUUUUGCAGGCGCAUUCAAUGCUGCACAAGAAUAUGUUGUAAAGAGAUUUCGACUCUUAGAUCUUUACUGGCUUAUUGGGGGGAAGAAAUUCACCCAAGCCUGCAGCAAAGUGCACGAGUUCGCUGACCAAAUUAUCGAGCACAAUCUUUCACUAGACUCAGAGUCUGGGACUGAUAAGAAAUAUGACUUCUUGAGAUCAGUAGAUAAGAGUAUGCAUGGCGACCGUGAGUUACUGCGAGGGCAGAUUGUCAACAUCCUUGUUGCUGGAAGAGAUACCACCGCCUGUCUUCUCUCUUGGACAUUCUUUCUCCUUGUACGACAUCCGAAGGUUCUAGCUAAAUUACAAGAAGAAGUUGCGUUGCUUGGAGACGCAUCGAAGUUGAACAGAACAGAGCUACGAAAUAUGAAAUACCUUCAAAAUGUUCUUAAGGAAACACUUCGCCUAUAUCCUUCUGUCCCUGUCAACACGAGAACUUCUCUGAAUGAUACAGUCCUUCCAACUGGCGGAGGACCUGAUAGAAAAUCGCCGAUUUUUAUCAAAAAGGGGACCGCCGUCGCGUACAGUGUCUAUACUAUGCAUAGAAGACCAGAUCUCUACGGUAUGGAUGCUGAAAUCUAUCGACCCGAGAGAUGGGAUGAACCAAUGCCGAUGAACGACAAUCCAACACAUCAGAAAUGGGGAUACUUACCAUUCAAUGGGGGACCAAGAGUCUGUCUCGGUAUGGACUUCGCUCUUACAGAAGCCGCUUAUACAGUAGUGAGAAUAUUACAAAAACAUCCUGGAGUAAAGUUACCUGCGAACGAGAAAGUGGAGUUGACCGGGGUGGAGAAACAAACAAUGACAUUAGUGGUCUCGAUCAAAGAAGGAUGCAACGUUCAUUUAUAAGUACAAAAAGGUUUUAACGACCACAAUAACAAUACAAUAGCAUAAAGUUCA